CGUCUCACUGCGUACCUACAUGCGAGAAAAACGCCACCAUAUGUGAUCAAUCUUGAUCCAGCAUGUGCCAAUGUUCCUUAUCCGGUGAACAUCGACAUACGCGAUACAGUGAAAUACAAGCAAGUAAUGAAGGAUUAUGGUUUGGGACCUAAUGGCGCAAUCAUAACUAGUUUGAAUUUGAUGUGUACCAAAUUCGAUCAGGUGUUGGCCAUGAUACGUCAGCGAGCAAAUCAGUACAGUGCAUGUUUAAUCGACACUCCGGGUCAGAUUGAGGCCUUCACAUGGAGCGCUAGCGGUUCAAUUAUUACAGAUUCGUUAGCAAGUAGUCAUCCUACAAUAGUCGUCUAUGUUGUUGAUUCGGCACGUGCAACAAAUCCCACGACUUUCAUGUCAAAUAUGCUCUACGCUUGCUCUAUUCUGUACAGAACUAAACUCCCAUUCAUUGUUGUAUUCAAUAAGCUGAAAUGGGUAUUUAAUCUGAGCUUAACUGAAUCCUCAGAUCUCACACGUCCAAUGUCGGUUUCUUCGGCAACUGGUGAGGGCAUGGAUGAGUUCAUGAAAGCAGUUGGCGAGUGCGUGGAACAAUAUAAGAAUGAAUACGUCCCGAUGUAUUCCCGUGUUCUAGCGGAAAAAUCGAAGUUGGAUGAACAAGAAAAGCAGAGAAAGUCGAAUGAGAUUUCCGAUAAAAUGGAGGUACUAAGCGUACAUCCCACGUUAGAUCCGCCCAUAAGAGAGCGUAUUCACCUCGGGGGUGUGGAGCAAGAGAAUGCUGAAGAUGCCAAUGUUCUUCGUGGGUAA